CUCAUCCACUCCUCCCGUCUUCCACUGAGCAACUACUCUGUUUCGCCGUCUAGACCCUAGAUUUGUUGUACUUCUACCGUUUUUGAUCCCCCAUCUAUUUUUAUACCGUUUCCCCCCUGGCCUCCGCACAGUUCAACCAAAGCAGCCUUUUACGGCCGCGGCCUUUCGAUUUUCAACGCUUUCUAUCUGAUCAAACACGCACUUUUACAAUGGCCUCGGAAGGAGAGAAGAUGAGAACCUCGGGCGAGGUCUCUCGCCCUGAGCCUACCUUACCUACCGUCAACCCUGCUGUUGAGAAGUCGGAGCCUCCCAAGCCGACCUUCCACCCGGCCAUUUAUGUUACUACCUGGAUUGCCCUGAGUUCUAGUGUGAUCUUGUUCAACAAGCACAUUCUGGAUUAUGCUCAGUUCCGCUUCCCUAUUAUCCUCACAACAUGGCACUUGGCUUUUGCGACCUUCAUGACCCAGCUUCUUGCCCGCACUACCACCCUGCUGGAUGGCCGCAAGACGGUCAAGAUGACCGGCCGCGUCUAUCUCCGUGCUAUCGUCCCCAUCGGUCUCUUCUUCAGUCUGAGCUUGAUUUGCGGCAAUGUCACAUACCUGUACCUUAGUGUUGCGUUCAUCCAAAUGCUCAAGGCCACUACUCCCGUCGCGGUUCUCCUCGCUACCUGGGGAAUGGGUAUGGCUCCGGUUAAUCUCAAAGUCCUGAUGAACGUUGGUAUUAUUGUGCUUGGUGUCGUCAUCGCCUCUUUCGGCGAAAUCAAGUUCGUCUUCAUCGGUUUCAUCUUCCAGAUUGGCGGUAUCAUCUUCGAGGCAACUCGCUUGGUCAUGGUCCAGCGUCUGCUCAGCUCGGCCGAGUAUAAGAUGGACCCUCUCGUCUCCCUCUACUACUUCGCUCCUGUCUGCGCUGUUAUGAAUGGUGUCUGCGCCUUGUUCCUGGAGGUUCCCAGCCUCACCAUGGGCCAUAUCUACAACGUCGGAGUGUGGACCCUGCUGGCUAACGCUAUCGUCGCCUUCCUGCUCAAUGUCUCUGUUGUCUUCCUGAUCGGAAAGACUUCUUCCCUGGUUAUGACCCUCUGCGGUGUUCUCAAGGAUAUCCUCCUCGUCGCUGCUUCCAUGAUGAUCUGGCAGACCCCCGUCACCCUCCUCCAGUUCUUCGGGUACUCCGUCGCUCUGGUCGGCCUGGUUUACUACAAGCUAGGUGGCGACAAGAUCAAGGAAUACACUGGUCAGGCCAACCGUGCCUGGGCUGAGUAUGGCGUCACUCACCCCUCUCAGCGCCGCUUUGUGAUCAUCGGAGCUGUCCUCCUCGGCUUCUUCCUCCUCGUUGGCCUCAUGGCUCCGAGCUACGCCCCUGACUCCGUGGCCAACGUGAAGGGCAUGCUUGGAGGAUCCGCCUCCGGUCACGCUUAAAUUGACGCACUACAUGAGGAUGAAGCUGUGUGGCGGGUGUACCCAGUAAGUAUCCUGACUUCAUGGACAUGUGAAAAUGGGAUCUUAUGUUGGAUGCUUGCGUCGAGGGGCACUGGGGGAGAGAACCACCCAAAUAUUCGACGAUUACAAUCCUGUUUGUACGCAUUUACAUUCCUUUUUUUCGAUUUCAUAUUUGGGCCGUCCAUGAAAUAUCUGCGGCCAUUUAUACUUGCCACAUAAUUUCCGUCCUGUUGGGGCAGCAGGGGGCCACGAGUGCGUCUAGGUAGGGCCACAUGCAGGGAAUGCCGCCUGGCCUGAAAUGCUCAACCGCCUCGCUCCGGCAAGGAUGUUUUCUGUUUUUUUUUUUUUUUUUUUUUUU